AUGGGCGAACCCGGCAGAUGGGCAAGCAAAGUUGCCCUGCUCAAGCACUUUCUCCAAAGGCAGAUGCCUGGGAGUCACGUCACAAUCGAAGUGGAUUGCGCGCCGAAUCCCAGUCUGCUAAAGGGGUACUACAAUGACUGGUACACAUCGCUCAGGAAGAUUCGGGAGGAGUUUCCCAGCAACGUUACCAUUAAGGUGCUGGACUCUUCAAUCCUGACUGCGGAUGCAGCCGCGUUCUAUCCGCCACCUCAAGAACAGGGAGCAACUCCUGAGCAACAAUUCAAAUGGGAGUGCGAUCGCAGAAAUAUUGAUGAAAUCUUUGAUUUCUGCCGCAAAUUCGUCAACGACAUGAGCGCCAACAUGCCGGCUACAACUUCUUCCGCAAGAGAACAACAGAAUCAGGUUGUCAUCGACCUAACUGAUGACGCCCAUGACAAUCGCCUCGACGUCGAGUCGCACGGAAUGACAAGCCUCAAUGCUGUGGAUGAACAGCAGGAAACCUUCGUGGACACCCACUCGCUCGGAGAGGAUGGAGGAGAUUCCGUCGCGGUCUCUGGAGGAUCACCUACGAUCAGUCGCAAGCGUAGGCGUACACCCGAGGAAGGUGAUUUCUAG